ACCCGGGAACACAUACCGCUAAUACAUUGUAUACAGACAUACGCACGCAAGUACAAUGCCUGACCAUGCGCUGCUGCUCGUGAGCAGCAUGCUGGUGGUGGUGAUGGCGCAUCUCUCGUGCGCCGAUGGAGCAGUAGGCACGGGUAAGAGCAAGAUCUCGGCCGUCUUCAUGUUCGGCGACUCGAUCGUCGAUCCCGGUAACAACAACAACCGGCUGACGGAGGCGAGGGCCAACUUCCCGCCGUACGGGCAGGACUUCCCCGGCGGGAAGGCCACCGGGAGGUUCUCCAAUGGCAGGGUUCCUGGGGACAUGCUAGCUUCUAAAUUAGGAGUCAAAGAGUUCUUACCACCGUACAAUGGAGAUGAUCUUGAACUAAGUGACCUACUUACUGGUGUCGCAUUUGCCUCUGGAGGCAGUGGAUAUGACCCCUUAACUUCGAUACCCGCAACUGCUACUUCAAGUACUGGGCAACUUGACUUAUUUCUUGAAUAUAAGGAGAAGCUAAUAACCUUAGUCGGAGAGGAAGAAGCGACACGUGUUAUCUCUGAAGGCAUUUACUUUACUGCCAUGGGAGCAAAUGACAUUGCAAAUAAUUAUUUUUCAAUUCCGCUGAGGCGCCAUCAAUAUGAUCUUCCUUCCUACGUGAAUUUUCUUAUCUCUUCCGCAGUAAAUUUUACCAUGAAAUUAAAUGAUAUUGGUGCAAAGAGGAUUGGAUUCUUUGGCAUUCCGCCAAUUGGAUGUUGUCCAUCCCAAAGAAAACAUGGAUCAAGAGAAUGUGACACACUUCAGAAUCAAGCAGCAGAAUUAUUCAAUUCUGGGAUAGAAAAGGAAAUUGAACGAUUAAAUGCAGAACGAAAUGUUCAUGAUUCAAGGUUUGCUUAUCUUGAUAUAUACUACAAUCUUCUUGAGCUCAUUCAACAACAUGAUUUUUAUGGUUUCAAGGAGGUAACUGAGGGGUGUUGUGGCAGCAAUGUGCUAAAUGCGGCAAUAUUCAUUCAAUACCACCCUGCAUGUCCAAACGCUUAUGACUAUAUUUUUUGGGAUAGCUUUCAUUGUACUGAAAAGGCCUACAACAUUGUGGUUGAUGAGAUCUUCCAGCAAAACCUACACUACCUAAUGUGAAGACACUAACAUUCUCUCUACCUAAGUUUGAACAAAUAUAGCAAGUAAAACUUUUCUCCUUCCACAGUGUGUGAAUGCUGGCAGUGUGAAAUAUAUGAAAGAUGCCCCUUUCAAUUCAAUCUUUGUAUCUCCAUAUAAAUUACGCCAAAAUGUAUUUGUGCAACAAUAAUUCCACCAAAUUGAUCACAUUUAUAUGCAUUAAUGUGGAUGUCGAUGUGCA